ACACUAAAAAUCUGGUUUCCAUACCAGUAGUGGACAGAACACCGUUGUGUAGCUUUGCGCUGAAUAAUAAAUAGACAAAAACAAAACUUAAUUGCACAUAUGUUUAAAAGUGAUGUCAUAAAAUAUGAAUAAAUAUAAAAGAUGUAGAAUUGGAAGUCAAGUGAUAAUACAAACCUUUUACUUGUGUAUUUCAAUCUGGUACGUGUAAUGAAAUUAUGUUAACAUGAUUGUGUCGGUGUUAACCAAUAAUGGGAUGUGUUUAUGAAAAUCGAUAGUUUACACAGACUGGGGUUUCAAGCUCUAGAAAUGUUUCAUAAUGGGUAUGGUUGUACACAUUUUGGUUAUGCACGUUUUGUUUGUUGUUAGGGCACACAAUCAGUGUCCAUCGUAGUAGGCAUCGUAACCCGACUUUUAGCAUUCUAAGACAGGAAGGUUUUAAAUUCAUUGAGUCGUUCUAAGGUGGGUUAUUAUGCAAUUUUGGAUGUAACAUGUCACGUGAUUCAGAAAAUAUUGCACUUAAAAUUGAACGACACUGACACCUUCUGGUAGAAUUAGAAAAUUAGGCGUCGUUCUGGUAGGUACGCUAAUGUUUUAUAAUACAAUGUAUAGAUACCUGGCACAGGUUAAACUUAUCAUUUAAAACAUUUAAAAAGUACCGCCUGAAGGAGGAGCUGUAGUGUAAAAUUCGCAGUUUUUUGUUUUUCUGACAAUAAGCACGAUUCCAGGAACCCGUAGAGACAACCCGUACAGUGGGUUGUGGUAAUAACUUAGUAGUGGUUUACUCUUGUACACUGGGUAUAGUUAAGUUUGCUACUAAUCAAUACAGCUGACGAGAGAUGUGCCCAGUUGACAACAUGUGGUUUACUCACUCGUCACUUGGCCUGUUGUGGAUUCUACAGCAACAAUUAGGGAGUGGCUCCAUUACUUCUAUCAAGUGCCAGCCAGUAACAGAACAAGUGCUGCCCAAAGAUUAUGAACGUUAUGACGCGCCAUUGGAAGACGGCCAACCAUCGAUUGUCCAGACGGAAAUGGCAUUCCUUACUUUAAAGUCGGUCGAUCCUGAAACUAUGACUUAUGAGACCGACAUCUUUCUUUCCCACAUUUGGCGAGAACCUCGUUUAUGUGACGUCAGUUUCAGUUCUAUAAAUCGGACACUGGAACCAAAGUUUUUCGAGGAACUCUGGAGACCGGACACUUAUUUCUACAACGCUCAUAGUGGAACAGUCCAGGAGAUUCUCACGAAGAACCAGUAUUCAAAACUAUGGUCCAACAAAACCAUUUUUUUCAAUGCAAGAAUCAGCCUGAAGUUAACGUGUGAUAUGGUGCUGAGGAAUUAUCCUCACGAUACUCAGACCUGUGCUAUUAUACUCAAGAGCUUGUCUUACACCGACAAGGAACUGAAGUUGGUGUGGAAAAGAAUGGAUGUUAGCAGUCAGAUCGUUCUACCUCAACAUGACGUCAUCAAAACAGAAACGAAAGAGGAACAAGAUAGCUAUGGUUUUGGUAAUUUUACUCGUUUAACCGGAAUCAUACAUUUGAAGAGACGAACUGGAUACUUCGUAAUUCAUACAUACAUCCCAAGUUUCCUGGUUGUUAUUAUGUCCAUGAUUUCCUUUUGGCUACCACCAGAGAGCGCUCCUGCUAGGGUCGCCCUCAGCGUAACGAGCUUGCUGACGCUUGUAACACAGCAGGCAAAAUCGUCCAUUCCAUCCAUCUCAUACGUGAUGGCUAUUGAUGUGUGGAUGUUAGGAUGCAUAGCUUUUGUAUUCGCCACUUUAGUCGAGUACGCCUUUGUCAGCUUCACCCUCCAGCGGAAAAGGAAAAACACCAAAGGUUAUACAACGAAGGUUAAUCCAGGUCAAAGCCCCUCUGGUAGGAACCAGUUGGCAUUUGAAACAACCAAGCAACCUGAACUUAAAGAGAUACCAAACAUAGAUGAUAGAAUAGUUGUAGCGAAUAGAAUAGACCGAGUGUCAUCUUUUCUUUUUCCUUCAGCGUUUCUGAUUUACAUCUUUGGUUAUUUGGCACAUUACCUUUGGUAGUUUGAUAAACAUCCAUUUGGCUAAAUGCUACCUAUAGGUUUCAUUUAAAGAAAGUUUCUUCUAUAAAGGUUUAGCCGUAACUUACAUGUAGUAACAUAUGAAAACACAGCUUAAAAAAAUAAUAACACGUUAAUUUCGUAUUUGAGUGAGCUGCAUCAUAUUUAACCA